UGGAUGACAGCUAUCCGGCGCCGAAACAUCGAUAGACACUCAGACGAAAGAGCCAUGGCGGCCACGGGUGGAGGGAAAAUCAGAAGCAGGAGAUAUCAUAUCGCUUCUAAACCUUACGCCAAGAGUAAACAGCAGUCAGGCCUGAUCAGCCGGGUGACGGACACGGUGAAGAGCAUCGUUCCUUCCUGGCUGCAGAAAUACUUCAAGAACGGAGAUGCUCCCGCCGGGGAGACGGGACCAGCGACGGAGCAGAACUGCCAGCCGCCGCCUCCUCCUCCUCCUCCUCCUAAUGGCAACGAAGAGGGACCUCCUCCAAUCGAUGGACGGGACUCCCCAGAGCCAAGCACCAGUAAUACAGAACCGUCGACCAGCCGAGCGUCUCUGAACUUUCAGGAGUGUGUGCUCUCUCGACCUCCUCUGAGUCGUACUCACCUCCACUUCACCCCGCUGGACGCCUCCUCCCCAACAAUGGGAGCCUCCAGCAGCCUCUUCUCUCAGCCCUCCACCUCCGCGGCCCCUGGCCCCUUCUCCACGGGCUUCUCUCUGGUCAAAGAAAUCAAGGACAACCUCUCACAACACGAAGACGACAACAUCUCCACCACCAGUGGGUUCUCCUCCCGUGCAUCCGACAAGGACGUCCCAACUUCCAAAACGGCGUCACUUCCUCAGCUUUGGUCCCCAGAGAUGGAUAGAGCGAACUGUGGACCUCAGCAGUCCCAGUCCACUCUCAAAAAGCCUUCUUUCAACCUCUCCGUCUUUGGAAACUCCUCCAAUUCGACAUUAAACAGCACACUGCUGAACUCGAGCCAGCUUGGAGAUUCGCCCUUCUACGCUGGGAAAACCACGUAUGGCGGAGCAGCUGCAGCCAGGAGGCCCCGCGGCCGCCCUGGAACACCGUAUCAGGCCCCAUUGAGACGGCAGAUCAAGGCCAAGCCUGCCGGCGCUCAGCCCUGCGGGGUGACCAGCGCCACGGCCAGGCGGAUCCUGCAGUCGUUGGAGCGCAUGUCCAGCCCACUGGCUGAUGCCAAGAGGAUCCCGGCGGCAGCAGGCCCGCCCAGUCGUUCCCCAUCGGUGGACGGCAUAAAUCAAGACGUUACCCCUCAGCAGGCGAAGAAGAAACGAAUGGACUCUAAUCUGCCUCCAGUGCAGAAACUCGUGGUUCCAGCCGCAGCUUCCGUUUCAGGGAACCGGUCCGUGUCUUUCAGGCCGACUUUGACGCCUGCAGGACUCGUCCGGGCCGUGGACAGGACGCCAAGAGAAAAGUCUACAAGACAAUCACCACAACUAACCGAUGAAACUCCGGGUCCAUCUCAAAGCACAAGAAGUUUCGGUCACCCGGCCUACCCUUUGUCCAGCACCCCCGUAGCCAGCAGCUGGAGCACCGGCGGGGGGAAAAUCAGGAGAGAAAGGACCACUACACGACCUUCCUCCAAACAACCCGAGGAAGAUGAGGUGGCUGAAGUACCGGACCUCCCCAGCAUUUCACUCCCCAUCAACAAAUCGUCUCUGCCUACGUUCAGCUUCUCUACGUCUCUACCACCUUCCACCUCCGUCAGCGCCACCCCCAGCAUCACAUCUGUCACUCCCGCUAAGGAGACGGUCACAAAUAAGGAACCACCAAAGGCCUCAACGUCACCCUGUGCACCUUUCACCUUUUCCUCUCCUAUCGUCAAGGCAACUGCUGCCAGCCCACCUUCUUAUUCCCCAUCAGUUGGUUUUACCUUCAGUGCGCCUGUAGCAAAGUUGGCCCCCUCCAUGUCAAACGGAAAGCUCGCGGCACCCACGGCAACAACAGCGAAGCCUGCUGCGAGCAAGAGCACAGAGGACUACGAGGGGCCGUUCAAGCCGGUCAAGACUCUGAAGCAGGGCAGCGUGCUGGAUCUCCUCAAAUCACCAGGUUUUGCUUCUCCUCUCGUUCAAAAUUCCCCCGGCACCAGCACCGCUUCCCGGCCCACGUCUACCCCGCCCACCACCUCCCCUUCAGCUGGCACCAGCGCCUCCUCGUCCCUCCCUUCGUCGACGGGGUUCGGUGGGUUGCUCGGUGCCUCGGCGGGCUGGAGCUGUGACGUGUGCUUGGUGCAGAACAAGCCCUCGGAAACCAAGUGCGUCUGCUGUCGGGCGCCGAAGCCCAACUCCUCACAGUCAGCGGAGAGCAAGAAGUCUCCCGGCAGCACGAGCUCCGCCUCCACCACCCUACCCACGACGGGGUUCAGCCCAAUCUUUUCCAAACCCGCGGGAACGUGGGACUGCGACACGUGUCUGGUCUCCAACAGACCCGACGCGGUCAAGUGCGUGGCCUGCGAGACCGCCAAACCCGGGACGGGACUCAAACCCUCGCUCACCUUCCCCCCCGCCUUCUCAGCUGCUAAGACGGCGUCUUCGCCCUCGGACCCGGUCUCCACAGGGAGCGGCGGCUUUGGAGAGAAGUUCAAGCAACCGGAGGGCGCGUGGGAAUGUGAUACGUGUUUAGUGCAAAACAAGGCGGAGGACACCAAGUGCGUGGCCUGCACUGCUGCUAAACCAGGUGCUUUAACGGCCGUCUCCUCGGCAGUCGGCGGUGCCCCGGUGUUCGCUCUGUUGGACAAGUUCAAGAAACCAGAGGGAGCAUGGGAGUGUGACGCCUGUCUGGUGCAAAAUAAGGCUGCAGAUGUCAAAUGUGUUGCUUGUCAGACGGCCAAACCGGGAGCUAAAGUAGAACCCAAAGCCUUCGGCUCUUUCGGCUCCUCCGCCGCUGGAGCUCCGGGAGCCUCCGCGUUCGGCUCUUCUACCUCUACUCCUGGGGGCUUUAAGUUCGGCACCUCAGACAGCACAGCUGGAUCCGGAGGCUUCAAGUUUGGGACCUCAGAGUCGUCAUCGUCGUCUUCGUCGUCAUCGACAUUAGGCGGCUUCAAAUUCGGAGCCCCGUUCGCCAGCGCCUCCUCAGAGUCCUCCUCUAAAGACACUACUGCCCCAGCGGGGUUCAAAUUCGGAGGCUCCUCCGAGGGCUUCAAAUUCGGGGCGGCGGCCAACGAUGACAAGACGUCUGAGCAGCCGGCGGCGGGCGCCGGGUUCAAGUUCGGAGCGAGCAGCGGAGUCGCUUUUGGAAGCGGGUCGUCGAGCACAGAAAGUAACUCUCCCUCUAAAGGUGGCUUCACCUUUGGAGUCCCUAAACCUGCAGAGAAAACGCCUGAAGCCACCACCUCGUCUUCAUCCUCUGUUACCUUAACGCUCUCUUCUUCACAAGAAAAUAGUGACAAAGCAGUAUCAUCAAAUGACACCGCGGCGACUAACAGCAACCCGGCCCCCGCCAAGGGCUCAGUGUUUGGACGACUGGGCGAGCCGAAUACGGCGUCCAGCUCGCCGCAGGGCAGCUCUACGUUCGUGUCUUUGCAGGCAGGUAAGGAGCCGGCGGCUCCAACGUUUGCCUUCGGGAAGCCAGAGGAGAAGAAGGAGGCGGCGGCUCCGUCGAGCUUCGUCUUCGGUGCUGUGAAAAAGGAAGCAGAGCCCGCUCCCUCAGGGGGAUUCUCCUUCAGCAAGCCGAGUGCCCCAGCAGAUCAGCCUCCACCAGCUUUCACGUUCGGCAAACCGGCGGAGAAAAGCGAAACAUCGACUUCUGAAGCCUCAAAGCCGACAUUCAGCUUUGGACAAAGUGCUGCAGAUUCCACUACUGCUCCAAAACCCGCCUUCUCCUUCAUGGCCAACAAUCCACCCAACGGUGCCACCUCGUCGUCCGCCACCCCGACCCGCAACGUGUUCGGCGCCAGCAGCAGCUCCACGCCGGCUCCGGCCUCGACGUCCUCGUCUUCUGCUCCGGCUCCCAGCACCUUCGUCUUCGGCCAGCCUUCUUCGACCACCGGCGACGCGCCUCCUGCCAAGACCUUCGUCUUCGGACAGAACCAGGACAACCAGUCGGCGGCGCCGUCCAGCGCGCCGCUCAACCCAACUCCGGCGCCGGCUCAACCGUUCAUCUUCGGCGCUCCGGCCAACGCCGCUGCUGCUCCUGCUCCCACGCCCGCUGCUCCCUCUUUUAACUUUGGAGCUGCAGCGGCAGCGCCCUCUGCUGCCUCUUCUUCAGCUCCGUCUGCAGCCCCCUCGCCGUUUGCGUUCAGCUCCGCCCCCUCGGGCGGUUUUGGAACCAACCAGGCUCCUUCUUUCGGAUCGACUUUCGGAUCCCCUUUCACCGCCACGCCAGCCCAGACGUCAGCCCCCGCCUUCGGCGCCAAACCCAGCGCCGCCCCCGUCUUCGGACAGCAGAACAACGCCACGCCUGCGUUUGGUUCAGGUACCAAUUCUGCACCAACAGGUGGAGGUUUUCAGUUUGGAGGAGCCAGUGCUUUUGGAGCCACCAAUAACUCCUCAGGCGUGUUUACGUUUGGUGGAGCUGGGUCGGCAGCUUCUCCCGCCCCCUCUGCCAAUCCCUCCAUCGCACCGCAGCCAGGAGCGGCUGCUGGAGGGUUCAACUUCAACCAGCCUCCAGCGUUCAACAUAGGGUCAGCCAAGGCCUUCGUUCCCUCCCCGGCCGGGCAGUCGACGAUCGCCGGGCGCAAGAUCAAGACUGCAGUGCGCCGCAGAAAGUAGCCCCCCCCCCAUGCAACCCUCACCAGACCAGACUUGACUAAGACAGGACGCGCUCCCCCAGCGAAGACGCCAAACGGUCCUCAGACGUUCUCAACCGGACAAACGCUGAUGUUGCUCGGCACAGCUUCACGCUCCAGAGGUUCUGGGCGGUCGCUCGGUCGGCUGCCGAAAGGUUUUCAAAUCCAAACGUGUGAGCAAAUUGUCCAGAAUACACAAAAUAAAAACUGUUGACUGAACUGCUACCCUGACUUAGACCACAGUCAAGCAAACACCCCAUGUUUAAAAUAAUACAAAACAAACAAGCAGGAUGGUAAUAUUUACAUUUUCCACCUCAGCAAAUGUCUGCUAAACCUUAGGCAUGACGUUUUGUAAUAAAAUUACAGGCAAAAACUGCGAAUUAAAAAAAAAACAAGGGUUUCUGAGUGUACGAGUAAUGAUUAGUG